CGUUGAGUUGUUUUCAAAAGUGUUGCAAUAACAACAAUAACAACAGUCUUGCGGCCAGUUGUGCAAUGUUUCCUCUAUUUAAGAUACUUGACCAUGGAAGUGUUAAUAUCUGGAAUCAACAAUUAAAGAGACAAUAUGCAGUCUGAGCAUUUCAACAAAGAAUGCUACAGUCAGAAGAUCUGAGGAAAUUUCAUACACCCCUACAUAUUAUUUGUGAACAUUGAAGUUUAAAAUGUCUGUUUAUGAGACCAUUUUACAUAAGAUUGGCUCCUUUGGGCCAUUCCAGAGACGUGUCUUCAUCCUGGUGAGUAUGUUUGAGACCCCUGCAGCCUGGGCCAUGUUACUUCCAAUUCUUCUACAUGCCACACCGGAUUGGGAAUGUCCAGAUUUUCAAGACAACAAUACAUCGUCAACAAACCUGUCUUAUGCCACUAAUACCAGUUCAUUCGUUGGCAAUAAGUGUCUCCCGGAUGGAAGCCAGUGUCAAGGUCUACAGUUUACGGGGCCAUUCACUUCCAUUGUCAGUGAGUGGCAGCUGGUCUGUGACAGGACCAACUUGACAAAAAUCAUCACUACAAUACAAAUGUGUGGUGUGUUGCUGGGAGCAUUAAUCACAGGACAGAUGGCAGACAUAUUUGGACGUCGGAAGGUGUUAUAUGUAGCAUACCUUAUGAUGCUGAUUGUCUCGUUUGGCAGUGCGUUUUCUCCCUUCUGGCAGGUGUUUGCUGUCUUGAGAUUUCUCACUUGUGGAUUAGUAGGAGGUGUGAUGGUUGUAAACUUCGUGCUGCCCCUUGAGUUUGUGACCCCGAGCUGGCGGACAUUUUGUGGCUGUGUUGGUUUCUGGGCAGUAGGACUGAUGACCCUUGCCCUAUGGGGGUUUUUUAUACGCGACUGGAGAACACUUGUCAUAGCAACAUCAGUUACCGGGUUACCCAUGCUGUUGUCAUGGAGGUUUGUACCAGAAAGUCCUCGCUGGCUGAUCAGUAAAGGGAGACUUGAGGAGGCCAAAGUCUUACUCACAACAAUGGCAGAUUACAACAAUGCCACUUUGUCAGAUGAGGAUUUUGAACAGCUUCACACCUAUACAAAGAAGGAGCAAGAGUCACUUGUUGAGAAGAAGAGAUAUAACUAUGUGGACUUGUUCAAAACCAAGACAAUGGUGAAAAACACACUGAUAGUAAUGUUUGGAUGGUUUGUGUCCAGUUCUGUGUAUUAUGGUUUGAACUUCAACACCAGUAACCUUGCUGGCAACCUUUACAUCAACACAUUCAUAGCAGGUCUAGUGGAGAUCCCAGCUCUCAUUUACGUGAUCCUUGUCAACAACCGACUGGGACGUCGCUGGACCAUAGCAUCUCUCAUGAUCCUGGCUGGUGUUGCUUGUUUCAUUAUCUUCAUAAUUGAUCUCACAGGACAUAUGGAGUCCAUGGAAAUCCUAGUCAUCGUGUUCGCUAUGGUUGGCAAGUCGGGUAUCGCGGGAGGAUGGGCAGCCGUUCAAGUUUCAUCUGCUGAGAAUUUUCCAACAAUUAUAAGAAACAUAGGGAUUGGAGCCUGUUCCAUGGCAGCACGUGUUGGAGGUAUUAUAGCCCCACAGAUCAAUCAGUUGAACUACUAUUCUAAGGCGAUGCCAUUCACAGUGUUUGGAAGCCUGGCACUAUUGUGUGGUAUAUUGGUCCUGUUUUUACCAGAGACAGCAGGCAAGCCCUUAUCAGAUAAUCUCAUUUCCAAACAGAAUUCUCACAACACCAAGAAUGCAGCCAGCUUAGAGAAUGGCCACACUCCUGGAGAAGAGGAGGUUCCCCUCAAUCAGAUUUAAUUGUUUGUAUGUAAAAACCAGCAAAACAGUUACGUAUUCUCAAAUAAUAACUAAUGAUGUGCAAUGUGUGGGUAUUUUUACCCGUUAUACUUGCCUAAUAUCCUAGUGAAGAAAUGCUGUUAUUGAUGAAUCUCAGGAUGGUGGAAGUUGUAGAAAAAUGGUCCUACUUAAUCUGCUAAGGAGGUGAUGUCCCUCAAUACAUGACUUUCAUUUAUCAUGAAAACAUAACUCGCUACAGUACAAUCAUUAUGUAGAAUUUACCGAAACAUGACUCAUUACCAUGUACAGUUUACCGAAACAUGACUCACUACCAUGUAGAGUUUACCAAAACAUGACUCACUUCCAUGUAGAGUUUACCAAGACAUGACUCACUACCAUGUAGAGUUUACCCAGACAUGACUCACUACCAUGUACAGUUUACCAAGACAUGACUCACUACCAUGUAGAAUUUACCAAGACAUGACUCACUACCAUGUAGAGUUUACCAAAACAUGACUCACUUCCAUGUAGAGUUUACCAAGACAUGACUCACUACCAUGUACAGUUUACCAAAACAUGACUCAUUACCAUGUAGUUUACCAAGACAUGACUCACUACCAUGUACAGUUUACCAUGACUCACUACCAUGUAGUGUUUACCGAAACAUGACUCACUACCAUGUAGAGUUUACCAAAACAUGACUCACUACCAUGUAGAGUUUACCCAUACAUGACUCACUACCAUGUACAGUUUACCAAGACAUGACUCACUACCAUGUAGAAUUUACCAAAACAAGACUACUACCAUGUAGAGUUUACCCAGACAUGACUCACUACCAUGUAGUGUUUACCAAAACAUGACUCACUACCAUGUAGAGUUUACCCAUACAUGACUCACUACCAUGUACAGUUUACCAAGACAUGACUCACUACCAUGUAGAAUUUACCAAAACAUGACUCACUACCAUGUAGAGUUUACCAAAACAAGACUACUACCAUGUAGAGUUUACCCAAACAUGACUCACUACCAUGUAGAGUUUACCAAAACAUGACUCACUACCAUGUAUAGUUUACCCAGACAUGACUCGCUACCAUGUAGAGUUUACCAAGACAUGACUCACUACCAUGUAGAGUUUACCAAGACAUGACUCACUACCAUGUACAGUUUACCAUGACUCACUACCAUGUAGUGUUUACCGAAACAUGACUCACUACCAUGUAGAGUUUACCAAAACAUGACUCACUACCAUGUAGAGUUUACCCAUACAUGACUCACUACCAUGUACAGUUUACCAAGACAUGACUCACUACCAUGUACAGUUUACCAAAACAUGACUCACUACCAUGUACAGUUUACCAAGACAUGACUCACUACCAUGUAGAGUUUACCAUAACAUGAUUCACUACCAUGUAGAGUUUACCAAAACAUGACUCACUUCCAUGUAGAGUUUACCAAGACAUGACUCACUACCAUGUAGAGUUUACCCAGACAUGACUCACUACCAUGUACAGUUUACCAAGACAUGACUCAUUACCAUGUAGUUUACCAAGACAUGACUCACUACCAUGUACAGUUUACCAAGACAUGACUCACUACCAUGUACAGUUUACCAAGACAUGACUCACUACCAUGUAGCGUUUACUCAGACAUGACUCACUACCAUGUAGAGUUUACCAAAACAUGACUCACUACCAUGUGGAGUUUACCAAAACAUGACUCACUACCAUGUAGAGUUUACCAAAACAUGACUCACUACCAUGUACAGUUUACCAAGACAUGACUCAUUACCAUGUAGAGUUUACCAAGACAUGACUCACUACCAUGUACAGUUUACCAAGACAUGACUCACUACCAUGUACAGUUUACCAAGACAUGACUCACUAUCAUGUAGAGUAUACCAAAACAUGACUCACUACCAUGUAUAGUUUACCCAGACAUGACUCACUACCAUGUAUAGUUUACCCAGACAUGACUCAUUACCAUGUAGAGUUUACCAAAACAUGACUCACUACCAUGUAUAGUUUACCCAGACAUGACUCACUACCAUGUAUAGUUUACC